AUGGAGACUCUAAUUCCUGUCAUUAACCGUCUGCAGGAAGUUUUCCUCACUGUGGGAGCAGAAAUCAUUCAGCUGCCUCAGAUCGUGGUGGUGGGGUCACAGAGCAGUGGAAAAAGUUCUGUUUUGGAGAGUUUGGUGGGCCGGGACUUUCUUCCCCGUGGUUCUGGAAUAGUCACACGUCGCCCUCUAGUGUUGCAACUGGUGAAUGUCCCUCCACUGGAGGAGAGGAGAAAACAAGAGAAUGGAAACGGAGGAAAACAAAACUCUCAGAACUGCUAUCCAGGCAUUAAGGCUGAGGAAUGGGGCACGUUUCUGCACUGUAAGAAUAAGAUUUUCACAGAUUUCUCAGAGAUUCGUCAGGAGAUCGAGGAGGAGACAAGUCGAGGUUCAGGAGACAACAAGGGGAUCAGUCCAGAGCCCAUUCAUCUGAAAAUCUACUCCCCUAAUGUUCUCAACCUCACGCUGGUCGACCUGCCUGGAAUCACAAAGGUUCCGGUGGGAGAUCAGCCAGAGGACAUAGAGAAGCAGGUGCAGGAGAUGAUCCUGACCUUCAUCUCCAACCCAAACUCCCUCAUCCUCUGCGUCUCCCCGGCCAACUCCGACCUCGCCACGUCUGACGCCCUCAAACUGGCCCGAGAGGUCGACCCCGAGGGCCACAGGACCCUGUUGGUGGUCAGUAAAUUGGACCUGAUGGAUGCGGGGACGGACGCCCUGGAGGUUCUGCUGGGCAGAGUCAUCCCUGUUAGGCUGGGAAUUGUGGGCGUGGUCAACAGGAGUCAGCAUGAUCUGAACACACAGAAGAGCUUGGCGGACGCGUGUAAAGAUGAGCAGGCAUUCCUGCAGCGUCAUUACCCGUCGCUGGCGUCUCGAUGCGGUUCACGAUACCUCGCCCGCACGCUCAGCCGCCUCCUCAUGCACCACAUCCGCGACUGCCUCCCCGAACUCAAGACCCGGGUCACGGUCCUGAUGGCCCAGUACCAGGCCCGGCUCAACAGCUACGGCCAGCCCGUGGAGGACCACGCCGCCACCCUCCUCCAGAUCGUCACCAAAUUCGCCUCCGACUACUGCAACACCAUCGAGGGAACGGCUCGUCACAUCCAGACCUCCGAACUCUGUGGUGGAGCAAGAAUUUGUUACAUCUUCCACGAGACGUUUGGCCGAACGUUGCAGUCCAUUGAUCCCCUGGGAGGACUGUCUGAACUCGACAUCCUCACUGCCAUCCGUAACGCCACGGGUCCUCGGCCAGCACUGUUUGUUCCUGAGGUGUCGUUUGAGCUGCUGGUGAAGAAGCAGAUUAAGAGACUGGAGGAACCCAGCCUCCGCUGUGUGGAACUGGUACAUGAAGAACUCCAGAGAAUUAUUCAGCACUGCUCGUCCUACAGUACACAGGAGCUUUUGCGAUUUCCUAAGUUACACGACUCUAUAGUAGAAGUGGUGACCAGUUUACUCAGGAAACGCCUACCAAUAACCAACGAAAUGGUCCAUAACCUGGUGGCGAUUGAGCUUGCGUACAUAAACACGAAACACCCAGACUUCACCGACGCUGCACAGGUGUCAGCCUCUGUCAACAGCCAGCAGACAGAGUCACUGCAGGAUGGAGGGAGGCGCUGGAAGAAUGAAAAGAUGACAGAAGAGAGAGGAGGAGGAGGAGGGGAGAAAGGCACAGCCCCUCCGGCUGGGUUUGGAAGCCCUGCUAAAGCCGUUAACCUGCUUGACACGGCGGUGCCAGUCUCGAGGAAACUCAGUGCCCGUGAGCAGAGAGACUGCGAGGUCAUCCAGCGGCUCAUCAAAUGCUACUUCCUCAUUGUCCGCAAGAGCAUUCAGGACAGUGUUCCUAAGACAGUGAUGCAUUUCCUGGUGAAUUAUGUGAAGGAGCGAUUGCAGAGUGAACUGGUGGGACAGUUGUAUAAACAGCCGCUGCUGCAGGAGCUGCUCAUCGAAUCUCAGGACACCGCCCAACAGAGGACAGAGGUCGCACAGAUGCUCGAGGCUCUCCAGAAAGCCAACAACAUCAUCUCUGAGAUCCGAGAGACACAUCUGUGGUAG